AUGAAGCACAGUCUCAUUUUGGAUGUAGCAGUCCCCAUGCGUCACUGGCUUCAUAUCGGGGCCGCGAUUCGCAUGGCCCAACUGAUGCGCCUUAAUAGGGAAUUUCACCAGAGACACUCCUCAAAAGACCAGGAACUUCGCCGUCGCACCUUCUGGGCCUGUCUGCUGUUCGACCGGCUCAUCGCCUUCGUGAUGGCCAAGCCUCGGACACUGUACGAGGGGCAUAUAUCGGUUGCCCUUCCCAUCUCAGAGACGUCUUUGGCCUACGGCGAGACGACAAAGGGCCUUACUCUAUCCAACCUCGCUGUUGGCGGGUUUGCUGGCCGUGUGUCGGACACUGGGCUGAUGCCUUUCUACGUAAAGACGUUAACGCUCUGGAGUGCGGUUGCCGACAUUAAAGUGUGCGGAGGCCGGUUCUUUGAGAAGACAGCGCCGACGCACCCAGCAAGCCGCUUCUUUCAGCGCCAUAACAGGCUGAGGGAAUGGGCGACAUCCCUUCCUGUCACGCUGGCCUGGAGCAGGGAGAACUAUGAGCUACAUAAUACUGUAGGCCAAGGAGCUGUGUUUGUCACUAUGCACUUUCUCCUGCGCAGUGCAUUUUGCGUGGCACAUCAGCUGUACCUUCCCCAGACCAAUGGAUCAGCACUCCUGAGCGACACUCUGGAUGCUUCCGGUUGGUCCUUACUACGUAGAGAGCCUGCAUUCAUCACGACGUGUGUAUCAAAUGCGCUGGCGGUUGGAGAGAUUGCGUCAAUGCUGUAUGAUACCGGGGAAACAGGGUUGUCCCACCUCCAGUCCGCCUGGGUAGCCGCCGCGAUGCUAUCAGCAGCCCCGACAUUCCUAUGGCUACAGUUUGCUAGCGACAUAGAGAUGAUUCAACCAGAGGCGCGGGUUCAAGCGCAAGCUUACUUGGCCCUAUUCAUGGACGUUAUGCAUACCUGGAAAAGGACUUGGGCAGUCGCCAGGCCAUGGGGCAAUACCAUGAGAGUAUGGGCUGCUGUCUACCGCUUGGUCUAUCUCGGCGAGCCCAUUUCCAUCAACCUAGAUGACAGUGAGGAUGAUCCAAACAAUCAGGAUCGAGACCAGGAGCAGCUCUUUACAGACUCUUAUCUGAAAGCUCAGUAUCGGCCGGAGCCCGGUAAUGGUCUCUGCCCUCUUCCCAACGGCGAUUCACACUCGCACAGAGAAGCAUCUUAUCUCAACAAUACUCUGAGACUGAACGUCAUUGAUGAUGCAGCCAAAAAGGCUUUGCUGCAUGGUAUGUGGUUCCAGUUAGCGAAUGGCUGGCCAAAUGACUUUAGCGGCAUGGAUGACUUCUCGUUUGAUUUCCCGGUAGCUUGA